CCGCUUGGCAGGGCUUCCGGUCUCUGCGGGGCACCAGCGGAGCUGCUGGGCGCGACACCCCUUGACAUCCAUCUGCACGUAGGAUAAUCGAGAUCUGGCGCGAAACUUGCUUAGGUUUUGCAGUUCGGGAUCCCCGGGGUCUAUGGAGCGCCUCCUGGCCCAGCUCUGUGGCACGGAUGCGGCGCGGCCGCUCCCGCUGUGGGAAGGAGACACCACGGGCCACUGCUUCACCCAGCUGGUGCUCAGCGCCCUGCCCCACGCGCUCCUCGCCGUGCUCAGUGCCUGCUACUUGGGCACCCCGAGGACUGCAGAUCACACCUUACCAUUCAGUCCUGGCUGGCGCCUCCGACUCGCGACUUCCUCCCUUCUGUCUAUUUUCUCACUGAUAGACCUCCUUCCAGUUGCUUUGCCCCCCGGGGCGGGCCCGGGGCCCAUAGGGCUAGAAGUGCUGGCAGGAUGUAUGGCAGCUGUGGCCUGGCUUACCCAUAGCCUUGCCUUGUGGGCAUUGGUUCAUUCCCCUCAGGGCCGCUCCCGGGGACCCUUGGCCUUGGCUCUAGCAGCCUUGCUGCCAACCCCAGCCCUAGUGUUGACCCUGCUCUGGCACUGCCAGAGAGGCACAUUUCUGCCCCCACUUCUCCCAGGGCCCCUGGCCCGCGUUUGCUUUCUCAUUCUGCAAUUGGCAGCAGUCUUGGCCUAUGGACUGGGCUGGGCAGCCCCUGGGGGGCCACGAGAACCCUGGACUCCGGAGCCCUUUCUGUCCUCUGAGGGUGAAGAAGCCGAGGUGGCUGAAGAUGGGGAGAGUUGGCUGUCACGCUUUUCUUAUACCUGGCUGGCGCCCUUGCUUGCCCGCGGGGUCCGCGGAGAACUCCAGCAACCCCAAGAUGUUUGCCGCCUCCCCCGCAAACUGCAUCCCGCCUACGUGGCGCGUGCCUUCCUGGUGCACUGGCAGGAGAAGGCCCAGCUGUGGAGGGCCCUAUAUGGGGCCUUUGGACGGUGCUACCUGGCCCUUGGACUGCUGAAGCUGGUGGGGACUCUGCUGGGCUUGUCGGGGCCUCUGCUGCUCUCUCUCCUAGUGAGCUUCCUGGAGGACGGGCAAGAGCCCCUUAGCCACGGCCUGCUCUAUGCCCUGGGGCUGGCCGGCGGGGCUGUGCUAGGCGCUGUGCUGCAGAAUCAGUAUGGGUACGAGGUACGGAAGGUGACCCUGCAGGUCCGUGGGGCCGUGAUGAGCAUCCUGUACCACAAGGCUUUGCAGCUGGGACCCAGCCGCCCUCCGGUUGGGGAGGCCCUGAACCUCCUAGGCACUGACUCUGAACGGCUGCUCAGCUUCGCCAGUGGCUUCCACGAGGCCUGGGGCCUGCCCCUGCAGCUGGCCAUCACCCUCUACCUGCUGUACCAGCAGGUGGGCAUGGCCUUCAUGGCUGGUCUCAUCUUGGCACUGUUGUUAGCACCUGUCAACAAAGUGAUUGCCUCCCGCAUCAUGUCCAGUAAUCAGGAAAUGCUACAGCACAAGGAUGCACGGGUUAAGCUUGUGACGGAGCUGCUGAGUGGCAUUCGGGUCAUCAAGUUCUUCGGGUGGGAGCAGGCCCUGGGGGCCCGAGUAGAGGCCCACCGGGCUCGCGAGUUGGGGCGACUCCGAGUCAUCAAAUACCUUGACGCAGCCUGCGUGUACCUGUGGGCCGCCCUGCCGGUUGUCGUCUCCAUUGCCAUCUUCAUCACCUACGUUCUCACGGGCCACCAACUCACCGCCACCAAGGUCUUCACAGCCCUGGCGCUGGUGCACAUGCUCAUCCUUCCCCUCAACAACUUCCCCUGGGUGAUCAAUGGCCUCUUGGAGUCCAGAGUAUCCUUGGAUCGGAUCCAGGGUUUCCUCGACCUUCCAAACUACAAUCCGCAAGCCUACUACAGCCUAGAUCCCCCCACAGAGCCGUCUACGGUGUUGGAGCUACAUGAGGCCCUGUUCUCCUGGGACCCAGCUGGAAACAGCCAGGAGACCUUCAUCAGUCACCUCGAAGUGAAAAAGGGUAUGCUGGUGGGCAUUGUGGGGAAGGUGGGCUGUGGGAAGAGUUCGCUGCUGGCUGCCAUUGCUGGGGAGCUGCACAGGCUGCGUGGGCAGGUGGCUGUGUUGGGGCUGUCGAAGGGUUUUGGCUUGGCCACCCAGGAACCCUGGAUCCAGUUUGCCACUAUCCGAGACAACAUCCUGUUUGGGAAGGCAUUUGAUGCCCAGCUGUACAGGGAGGUGCUGGAGGCCUGUGCCCUCGAUGACGACCUCAGUAUGCUACCCGCCGGAGACCAAACAGAAGUGGGGGAGAAGGGUGUGACCCUCAGUGGGGGACAGCGGGCCCGGAUUGCCCUUGCUCGUGCUGUUUACCAGGAGAAGGCACUCUAUCUCCUUGAUGACCCUCUGGCUGCUGUGGAUGCAGAUGUGGCCAACCACCUGCUGCACAGGUGCAUCCUGGGAGUGCUGAGCAACACCACCCGGCUGCUGUGCACCCACCGCAUGGAGUAUCUGGAUAGGGCUGACGUGGUGCUGCUGAUGGAGGCUGGCCGCCUCAUCUGCAUGGGGCCUCCCUCUGAGAUCCUGCUGUUGGUACAAGCUGAUCCCAAAGCCUGGGCUGAGGAUGAACCAGUACCUGACUCAGGCAGGUCACCGUCAGUGCAGAAUGCAGAAAAAACACAGGACGGGCUGGAGGUGGAGCAGAGCACACCGGGCCGCCUGCUGCAGGAAGAAAGCAAGAAGGAGGGCGCUGUGGCCUGGCACGUGUAUCGAGCAUACUGGAAGGCCGUGGGUGGGGGUUUGGCUCUCGCCAUCCUCAUCUCUCUGUUCCUCAUGCAAGCAACACGCAAUGCUGCGGAUUGGUGGCUGUCCCACUGGAUCUCUCAGCUGAAGGAAGACAGCAACAGCUCCCAGGAAGUGCCAGCCUCUCCCGGCCCAGGCUCCACGGGUCUCCUCUCCGCACAGCUGCUCCUCUUCUCUCCUGGAAACCUAUACACCCCGGUGUUCCCAUUGUCCAAAGCUGCCCCCAACGGCUCCUCGGACAUCCGCUUCUACCUCGUGGUGUACGCGACCAUCGCAGGCGCCAACUCUCUGUGCACCCUUGUCCGGGCGGCGCUCUUCGCAGCUGGCACCCUCCAGGCAGCCGCCUCCCUACAUCGCCGCCUGCUGGGUCGCGUCCUUCUGGCACCGGUGACGUUCUUUGAUUCUACACCCACUGGCCGAAUCUUAAACCGCUUCUCUUCAGACGUGGCCUGUGUGGACGACAGCCUGCCCUUCCUUCUCAAUAUCCUGCUGGCCAACUCAGUAGGCUUGCUGGGCCUCCUGGCUGUGCUGGGCUCUGGUCUGCCCUGGCUGCUGCUGCUGCUGCCCGCCUUGAGCCUCAUCUACUACCACGUGCAGCACCACUACAGGGCCUCCUCCAGGGAGCUGCGGCGCCUGGGCAGCCUCACCCUUUCUCCACUCUACACCCACCUGGCCGACACCCUGAUGGGCCUCCCUGUGCUCCGGGCAGCAGGGGCUACCUACAGAUUCGAGGAAGAGAACCAGCAGCUCUUGGAGCUAAACCAGAGGUGCCAGUUUGCUUCCUGUGCUACCACGCAGUGGCUAGACAUUCGGCUGCAGCUCAUGGGGGCUGCAGUGGUCAGUGCCAUCGCGGUCAUCGCCCUGGUGCAACACCAGCAGGGCCUCGCCAACCCAGGGCUGGUGGGCCUGUCGCUGUCUUACGCCCUGUCCCUGACGGGUCUGCUUUCCGGCCUGGUAAGCAGCUUCACGCAGACUGAGGCCAUGAUGGUGAGUGUUGAGCGGCUAGAGGAGUACUCCUGUGACCUGCCGCAGGAGCCCCGGGGCCAGCCCCUGCAGCAGGGCAUCGGCUGGCUGACCCAAGGGAGUGUGGAGUUCCAGGAUGUGGUUUUGGUGUACCGUCCAGGGCUGCCAAACGCCCUGGAUGGGGUGACCUUCUGCGUGCAGCCUGGGGAGAAGCUGGGCAUUGUGGGUCGCACAGGUUCCGGCAAGUCUUCUCUGUUUUUGGUUCUCUUCCGGCUGCUGGAGCCCAGUGCAGGCCGAGUGCUGCUAGAUGGUGUGGAUACCAGCCAGCUGGAACUGGCUGAGCUCAGAUCCCAGCUUGCUAUCAUCCCCCAGGAGCCUUUUUUGUUCAGUGGGAGUGUUCGGGAGAACCUGGAUCCCCAAGGCCUACAUGAGGACAGGGCCCUGUGGCAGGUGCUGGAGCAGUGCCACUUGAGCGAGGUGAUCGUGUCUGUGGGCGGCCUGGAUGGAAAGCUGGGCGAAGGGGGCCGGAGCUUGUCCCUAGGACAGAGGCAGCUGUUGUGUCUGGCCAGGGCUCUCCUCACAGAUGCCAAGAUCUUGUGCAUUGACGAAGCCACAGCAAGUGUGGACCAGAAGACAGACCAGCUGCUCCAGCAGACCAUCUGCAAACGCUUUGCCAACAAGACAGUGCUGACCAUUGCCCACAGGCUCAACACAAUCCUAAACUCAGAUCGGGUACUGGUGCUCCAAGCCGGGAAAGUGGUCGAGCUGGACUCCCCUGCCGCCCUGCGCAACCAGCCCCAUUCACUGUUCCAGCAGCUGCUGCAGAGCAGCCAGCAGAGAGCCCACUGCCCUCCCGGAGGACGCUGAGCCUCCCUCCAAGGCUCUCCCCUCUGACUGACCUGGGCAGGGCUGGCACAGAGGUGCUAGUUGCUCGUUUACAGUCUCCUGUGUCACUACCUCUCCCUCGCUCCCCAGACAGGAGAGGGUACCCGCGUUCCUCCCAGAAAAAACACUCCUUAGUGGGUUGAGGGCCAAGGGAUCCCCAGAACCAGGUCCAGCUUGGGUCGUCUUCACCCGGCAUUCUGGGUCAGUGUUUCUGUCAUAGAAGCCCACUUGCAUUUUCAUAGUUUUAUUUGAUAAAACUUCUAUCUUACAUUCUGUAUAUUAAAAAAAUAAUAUUUCUCCUAUGA